AUGGACCUGCGACUCUACACUGUCUCCGUGAUGCUGCUCGUGCUCAGCGGCAGAAGCAGAGCGGCCAAAACCCUGGAAGUCAGAGAAGGAGAAGACCUCAGAUUCAAAUUCUCUUUUUACAAACAAAGCAAUUCGGUCGUGUUCUGUAAAGAUCGUUGUGACCAACAAGGGACGUAUUUGUUAUGGGCCUUCCCGAAUUUAAAAAUGGAGGAAGGCAGAUACAGCAUCGAGUACAAGAAGCGUUCAUUUCCGCCAAGUUUGGUGUAUGUGACAAUAAAAAACGUCCGCAGCUCUGACGCAGGACUGUACAGCUGUCUGAUGGAGAGAUACUCCUUCCGGGCGACUGAGAGUGAGAUCCAGGAGGUGAACAUUUAUGUUAUAAGUGAUGCGAGUCACAAAGUCUCCGAGGACCAGAGCACUCCUGAGCCCGACCACCUCCCACAGUCAGACGUGUGGCUGUACGUGGGCCUGGUCUUGAGCUUUCUGGUUCUCCUAUCCCUGAUUGUCACCGCCCUGCACCAGAGGAGGGGAGCCACAGACACAGGUGACCGCUCUCAGAUGGUCCCAGACACCAGCUGA